CUCAUUCAAAAGAUAUAAGAAAGUAUGUAUAAAAUAUGUAUUAUAUACAUAUAUGUAUAUAUAUAUAUGUAUAAAUAUCUGCAAACGCACAUUCUGGCAGAAGUCCAGGUGAUCUUACAACGAUGACUACUCAACUGAUCUUACAAUAGCAGCCGUUUCAGUGCUAUUAGUGACGCCGCGUAUCGUUGAGCUACAGAAAAAUGUUUCGAAUGUGGUGAUGAAUACGUAACAUGGAGUGUUAACUGAGAAGAAAUGAAUACAAUGUUGCCUUAAUAACUUAAUAAGUAGUGAUUCCGUAUUAUGUAGUGAGGCAUUUAUUAUUUUUGUUUUUGUGACCAAUAAAUGUUUUAUGCAUAAACAUGGAUGAUAAAAGUGCUGUUUGUAAAAAUGUAUAAUCACAGUACUUUUCGUUCAGCGAAUCAGUAUUUGAACUAAUAAAAAAUGCAUCACGCAUAUUCCUCCAAGAAAGGGGAUCCUCUUUGCCCUCUUGGUUUUCAUCCUCAGGUUCGAUGGCCAACGCGAUGCAAACGAUGCUUCAGGGAUUAUAAAGAUCAUGGUGAAAAAAGAGGUAGCUUACGAGACAUAACAUCAUCAACACCUAAUCUUUCAUUGCAUAGUUCGUCAGAACGUGAUGGAAAGAGAUCUUGGGCAUCUACAACAAAUUUGACAAAAAAUGAUCUUCGAUCAUCUAACUUGGAUUCUUCGCUCAAUUCUAUAUCAGUGUCUAACUUCUCUACUAGCACUAAUCAGCUUAAUGAUAUCUCAGAAUUGCAGAAGCAAGAUAUUGCAAAAGAUAAAAGACAUUCUCUAAUAGGUGAAAAGUCUACUUCUAAAAAUCAAUUAUUUGAUUCUACAUCAAAACUACAAAUCAAAGAAGUAAUAAAAAAUAAUGGAAAUAUUGCAGGGAAUGAUGUUGAAUUCAUUAUUCAGGUGAAAAAAUCUCCUACAAAAUCUGUACCAAUAAAUGAGAUUCAAAGGCUAGAAAAUGGUGUGGAAGAGAGUGAGAUUAAAAGGUUAAGAACAGAAUUAAAUGAAAUGAAAGAAAAAUGUCAGAGAUUAGAAAAAGAAAAGAGCGAAAUAUGGCUUCGUCGUUUAAGUACUAUGGAUACAAUAUCAAAUAAAACAUCUGUAAGUGAAGUAAUUAAAUUAGAAAAAUCAAUAAAAGUUCUUACAGAAGAAAAGGCUAUACUAUUAUCAAAAAUAAGAGACUUAGAAAAUGAAGCACGUUAUAAGUUAAAUAGACGUGAUACAGAUAAGACAGGUGAAGAUUUAAAAUCAAAAUUAAAAGCAGCAGAAACUCUUUGUGAGUCUCUAAUGGAUGAAAAUGAAGAUAUGAAAAAAGAAAUCAGAGAAUUAGAAGAAGAAAUAUGUGAAAUGCAAGAUAAUUUUAGGGAGGACCAAGCAAAUGAGUAUACUAACUUACGAAAGUCUUUAGAACAGUCAAAUAAAAAUAGUCGCAUCCUUUCAUUUAAAUUAAGAAAAUUAGAAAGGACAACAGAACAAUUGCAGAAAGAAAAAAAUGACUUUGAGAAAAGAUUACAAGAAGUAAAAAGAAUUGAGGAGAUGUUAACAAAAAUAAAAAACGAUUCUAAAAAAAAAACGGAUGUAAAACCUACAGAAUUUGGUACGAAAGUACAGUUUAAAAAAACGGUAGAUGAUAUGCAAAAACAAAUAGAUAAUAUUAUUACACUUUGUGCUAAUAUCAAUGAUGGAAAAGAAAUAGAUAUUAUUCAUGAGAAAAAUAAUGAGAAUACUAUGAAAUAUGAUGCUCUACUACGGGAUUAUGAAUUAAUAAAACAAAAACUGGAAGAUACUUCGAAAGAAUUAAUGAAGGAAAAAGAAAAAGGAAAAGACAAAGACAAAGAUAAAGACAAAGACAAAGAUAAGAAUCGUGAAGUGAAAGUAACAGACGAUAAAAUGAAUAUGGAUUUCCAAAAUAUGAAAAAAAAAUUGGAUUAUACUGUAACAUCUAGAGAGACAGAAAAAAAAGCAUGGGAAGAAGAAAAAGAAAAAUUAAAAUCAGAAUUAUUAUCAUUAUCUUUUGAAAAACUUAAAAUUUACAAGGACUUGGAAAAACUAAAAAAAGAUACUGAAGCCAUAAGAUCCUCAGAGAAAGAGUAUACAAACAAGAUCAAAAGACUAGAGACAACAGCUAAUGAUUUAAAAAAAGAAUUAUCUCAAGAGAAAAAAAAAUGCACUGAAAUACAAAAUGAUUUAUCAUCAUGUACUCAACGGGAAUCAAAUAUGACAGAAACAAUAUCAACUAUAGAACAGACUAAAAAUCAACUUGAUAAAGAAGCAAAACAUUUAAAAGAAGAAUUGGAAAAUCUUAGGCGUUCAUCUGCAAAACAAAUAGCAGAUUUGAAAACUGAGCUUGUUAAUGUUAAGAAAGAUAAAGACAAAUUAACCACUCAAAUAGAAAAAGAUAAAUCUGCAAAAGAAUCUGAAAUUAUAUCUCUUAAAAGCAAAAUAACGUCUCUAGAAAAAAGUGGCUUAGAUACUACUAAAAUCAAAGAAAUGAAAGCAAAUUAUUCUGAUAAAAUUUCAAAGCUCACAAAUCAAAUUGAAAAAAUGGGUGCAGACUAUGAUAAAUUAAAUGAAGAACAUAAAGCAUUAGUAGUUUUAAAAGGAAAGGUUGAAGAGGAGAAUCAAUCUGUAAAUAGUAUAUUAUUGCAGUACAAGACUGACUUAAAUAAUAAUCAAACAGAAAUAAAAUCACUUCAAGAGCAUAUAAAAGAGAAAGAAAAUCAAUGGCAAUUAGAAAAAUCUAUUUUUGAGAAACAUAUACAAGAAUACGAAGCAUUAUCCCACAAGCCUUUAAUAAAUGAUCUGAAAACUGAAAUUAAUAGCUUGAAAAAAGAGAAUGAUGUAAUGUUGCAAAGAUUAGAAAAUGCAAGAGAAAUAAACGAAGAUUUAAGUAAUAAAUUAAAAGAUUACGAUGCUGUAUCGAAAGCUCAUCAAGUUUUAUCAGUUGAUACAACGGCACUUGAAUCAGAAAUACAAAAAUUAAAAACUAGUCUAGCCAAUGUUGAGAAAGCAAAGAAAGCAGAUAUAGCACAAUUUAAAAUGCAUUAUGAACACAGAAUUACAGCAAUUAGUGAUGAAAUGCAAUCAUUACAAAAUCAAUUGUUACGUUAUAAACGUGAACGAGACACAUAUAAGCAUAUGUUAGAAGGUGCCCAAAAAACAAUAGCAGAUCUAAAAUCAGUUAGACAACGUAAACAAUCUGUUACAAAUUCUGAAAAAUCAGAUGAAGAUGAAGAAUCUUCUAAGGCUAAUAUUUCAGUUUUAGAGCAACAAAUUAAUUGCAUGGAAGAUGAACUUUCAGAAACAAAACUUGAAUAUUCCAGAUUGAAGACUUCAUUAGUUUCAGAGAAAUCAGCUUGGAAUGUAAAAUUAUCUGAGAUGCAAUCUCGAAUUAAUGAACUUGAAGAAGAACGCAUUCUUUCUAGUGGACGAUCCAAAAUUCCAGGCGUAAAAGUACGCAUGGAACUCGCUUGGCAGAAAGAAAGAAAGGAACAACAAAGAUUAUUAGAAGAAACAGCUACUCUUGCAAGAGAUUUAAGGCAAACUUUGUUCGAGAUUGAAAGAGAACGUGCUAAGGAACGUCUUGAAAAUAAAAGAAAGCAAGAUCAGUUAAAGAAAGCUUUUGACGAAGAAAAAGAAGAAAACAAGAAAAAAUUAAUAGAAUUACAAUGUGAUUUAUUGGAAUUACGGGAUGCUCAUGCUAAAUUAAGAACAAGUAACGAGAGAAUGAGACGUGAAAAAGAACGUCAUGAAAAGGAAAGACAAGAAUUGAAAAAUGAAAUAUUACAUCAACGAGAAUUAGAUAAUAACGAAAUGAAAAAUAUUAAUAUGUUGUUAAGACAAGUAGAUGAUCUUCAGCAACUAUUUCCAGAAUUAAAUGAUGUGUAUACAAAAGAAAAAACAGAAAUAUACACACCAACACCACCAAGAAGAUUAAAAGGUCCUAAAUCGAGAGAAUCAUCACCUAUGCUUGAUAUGAAAAAUGAUAUCAAAGGUUCUAUGCAGCAAUUGGAAAAUAGAACAGAAAAAUUGGAAUAUACUAUAAGGAAAUUAAUGAAUGUAGCAAAAGAGCUUAAAGAAUCUAAAAAAACAUUGGAUAAUAUAAGUGCAAAACAGUUGAUGAAGCUUAGUAAGAGAUCAACAUCUGUAGAUAAUACAACAAGAAGAGGUACGAGUCCAAAUCCUUCCAAACCACGUUUGAAAGUGAAAAGUUUAUCUUUAGAGCAAACAACAGGGGGAGGAAGCAUAGAGUCCCAAAAUGUUUGGGGUACUGAUAGUAACAUGUCCAGUCUACAAUCAUUGGAAUCCAAUCCACGAGCAUUUACUUUACAAAGGGAUUCUAGUGUGGAUAGUCGUUUGUCUGGUGACUCUACAAAAAGUGAAAUGUUACAUAGAGAGAAAAAAUACAAUAAAGGUAUAAUUGGAAAAAUCAGAACUAAACUGGUUAAAUCUAGCAGUGUUGACGAUGCAAACAUGAAUUUAGACUAUCGACAGACCUCAGGCUCUGAAAUGAGCAUUAAUGAAAAUAUUAAAGAAGAAAAAAAAAAGUUAAAAAAGAAAUUAUCAGAUAUGUUUAAAAGAAGCAAUAGAAGUAGCAGUACCAGUAGGAAAUCUGAAAGUGGAGACUCUAGCAGACCACCGUCAAGAAAUUCAAUAACAUCAAAAACAUAACUUCAUAUGAUUAUAUCAUUUUAAACUUUACAGUUCUAUAUUUAUUUACAAAAUCAGUUGCAAAAUGUCUAAAAUUAUGUAUUAUAAUUCAGUAAAAAUACUUCUUCGAAUAUAAA